AUGUCGAUCCACGAAACAAUCAACCUAGACCCCUCCAAACCAAUAGACCUAACCCCCAACCUCCUCACCUCCUCCCUCCAAAAGCGCUACACCACAAUCUCAAUCCCCUCCACCUACGGCCGCAUCCAAACAAGCCCCGCCGCCGGCACAGUGGUCGGCAUCGUCCUCGGCAGCGUCGCAGGCUUCAUCCUGCUAAUGUACAUCCUCUUCCUGGCCGUGAACCCAGGCGGGAUAGCGCGCGGCGGUGUAGCGCCCACCUCCUCCUCGAUCUCCAUGUCAAUGUCAAUGGACGAAGAGAUCGUGGACGUGCGCAGUCGGCGCGGAUCCUCAGCCGGCCGACGGCGUCGCGACGUCAUCGAUGUUGUCGAGGAGCCGGAGAGUUUCCGGGAUAGUUAUCGGCGACGGCCGACGUCGCGACAUGAUCGGGUCGUUGUUGAGGAGUCGUUGGCGACGUCUACGACUGAGGGGGAUGUGAUUGAGGUUGAGGAGGAGGAGUCGAGUGUGCCGUCUGAGUUCUCGAGACCGCCGAGGAGAUCGAGGAGGGGUGGGGUGAGGCAUGUUGAUCCGUUGGCUUAUGGGGGUGGGAGUGACUAUAGUAGUCAGCGGUAA